CCAGGAGCGCGCGCGGUGACCGUUGGCGGCCGUUAGGCGGGAGGGCGGCAGGGCCGGGAAGCGGCGCCGGCCUCGGCGCCUGAGGUACGGCCCCGGCCCGGGUCCCUGCUCGGCUCCGGGAGGCCGGACGCAGCCCGCCCGGGGCCGGGGAUGAAGCGCAGACGCAGGGGCGGCGCGGCCCCGCAGCCCGAAGCGUGCGAUGUCUGGCUGGACACCGCCGAGCUGAAGCAGAGCGCGGCGCAGUCUCUCAUAGCCAAGUCAAAAGUAUCUAGUCGAACUCUGGAAGGGAAGUACGCCUCAGUCGCUUUCACGCAGACAAGAGCCUCUCAGCCACGCACCAAACAAACCACCAUCUCUGCCUUCUUCAGCCCUCAGACAGAUGAAAAAGACAAAGAAAAUUCCAGGCUGUCUCCUUUCAUGCCGAAUAAGGACUGUAAAGAAAAAGGUAUUUCUUUGGUUGAUUCCCCUGUGAAGGUCUUGGCUUUGCCACAGAUGGGAGGAGCCCAGAAACAAUCCUUCAGAGCUGAGGAGGAGACAGUGCAGGUUACACCCCAGCAUCGUGCACGGAAAGCACCGGCCUCGCCAACUCCUUUGCCAGACUCUUCGUUGUUACGAGCGAAGUCCUACAGCAAGAGUGCAGCCCUCUGUGGGGCGGGAGAGAAUUGCUGCUUCAUCAGCUUCACCCAGGAUUCAGAGGGCAACCGGAUCAUCGCUCACAGAAAUGAGUCCGAUUUAUUUGCUGGAGAAACGGUUUCAGCAAGCGGCAGCGUAACUUCAGACUGCUGGAUAAACAAAGAGAAGGGCUGGCUGGUCCCAGACGAGGCAACCACUGGGCUUGAUUUCCAACCAAGACUUGGUGCAAACCGGAGUAGCAAACCACACCAAGCAAGUAGUGUUAAUUCUUUAAUUGAUUUCUCUGAGACUGAGAACAUAAAUCCUACUCCAAGGACAGACAGUACCUGGGCUGCUGGCUUUUUUUCAUCUCCACGACGACCAGCCAGAGCACAACCCCUGAGAGAGCGCAGCCAGAACGCUGGCACUGGCUCAGCCGAGGAGGGAUGGGGCAGUAAGAUGGGACUGAGCAGUCCCUGCCGGCAGCUGUUCACCCAGGAUUCGGAGGGAAACAGGGUAAUCGCUCACCACUGCCAGGAUGUCCCAUCUGCUCGCCAGGACAAGGGCAGCUCUUGCAGGCAGCUGCUUAACUCUCCGUACAAGGGCUGUUCCGGCGAUGCUGCAAAUGGGAGCCCGAGCAAAGCCGGGGAGCAGUGGUUAGAUGUGUGCUAUGAUUUACUGUUCACGCAGGACUCAGAAGGGAACAGAGUGAUCAAACACUGAUAAGUGCCCUUGAGUGGGUUGCCUGAUGACCUCUUGUGAAGCCUCAGGAAAGCAUUUUUGUAAGAAAGCUGUCAAAAGUAGGUAAGUGUACCUGUUGUUUCUCUAUAUACGAGCUAGUCAGACCCAGCAACAAGCAGGGCCUCUUUGUUCUCUGAAACUUUGUUUUAAUAAAAAUCAAAUUUUGAAGGCG